AUUAAAAGAUGUUCCCUUAGAGGUAUACAUAUAUGUAGAUGCCUCAAUUGGAAUUUCUGAAACCGCCUAUAAGUUUUGAAGUCUUCACAUACACCUCCAAAAAGAAGCGAGUAAGUGGGCUUUAGGUAGUUCUGAAGAACUCUCUAAAUAUUAAAAAAGAAAUCGUGGCCAGUCCAAGUAUCUACAUAAGUAUAUGCAUAACGUUUUUUUGUAGACUAGUGUCGUUAUUAUAACACAAAUGAACCGGCUUUAAACAAACUUGUCUACUAGAUGAGAUGCUAUGCACACAAAUACGUAUAUAAUUGACUUGUUUAUUGUAAAAAUGGUUACAAUCUGAAAAAUGCUUAUUCAGUUGUUCUAAACACGUUAGGCGCGUCGGUUGUGUAACGGACAACGUUAAUCAUUUUAGUGGAUACAUAUGUACAUAUGCUUGAACACAAUAAUAAAUGCACAAUUAUAAACAAUUAAAAUUGAAUAUUAAUAUAUUUAAAAAGUACUAAUUUAGAGUGAGCGUGCAACUUUUUAUAAUAGCACUGUUAUUUAUGUAGCUUAUCUCUUUUCUAAAAACAUGACAAUAUUAAUCGAGUUGGUGGUUUUGUUGAUUGGCUUAGCCUUUAUUUGGGAUUAUUUCUUCAAAAAGCGUCGCAAUGAUAUAUUACAUUAUAUGCCAGGCCCUAGGGCACUGCCGGUGAUUGGUAAUAUACUCAUGUAUCGCGGCAAAAGUCAAGAGGAUAUAAUGAGUUUCAUUGCUUCGAAUCGCGAAAAAUAUGGCCCACUUUAUCGUGUCUGGCUGCUCAAUCAAUUGGGCGUAUUUUCUUGCGAUCCCGCUGAUGUUGAAGUUAUACUCAGCAGCCCACACUAUAUCACGAAGAAUAAUCUCUACGAUCUACUACAAGUUUGGCUUGGUACCGGCUUACUCAUGAGCACCGGCCGCAAGUGGCAUUCACGACGCAAAAUUAUUACGCCUACAUUUCAUUUUAAAAUACUGGAACAAUUUGUAGAAAUUUUCGACCAACAAAGUGCAGUACUCGUGAAAAAGUUAGAAGCAUUGGCAGAUGGUAAAACUGUGGUGAAUAUUGUGCCAUUAAUAUGCUUGAUGGCGUUGGAUGUGAUUGCAGAAACUGCUAUGGGCACCAAAGUUAAUGCGCAAAUGAAUCCAAAGUUUCCUUAUGUCAUGGCGGUAAACACCGUUGCAAAUAUUCUUGCGAACCGCUUCAUCAACGUGUGGCAGCGCAUUGAUUGGAUUUUCCGUCUGAUCGCCCGCGAAGAUGCUAAGAAAUUCUUUUCUAGCAUUGAGCUAAUGCACGAAUUCACCGAACGCAUCAUUGUGGAACGUCGUGCUGCACUUGAGCAAUCACUCGGCGGCGACGCCAUACCAGCCACUGAUGCAGAAGUUGGCAUGAAACGCCGCAUGGCUUUGCUGGAUGUGCUGCUGCAGUCCACCAUGGACGGUCAACCCCUCAGCAAUGAAGAUAUACGCGAAGAGGUGGAUACAUUCAUGUUCGAAGGGCACGACACCACCACCAGCGCCUUAUCAUUUUGUCUCCACUUGAUCUCGCGACAUUCGGCGGUACAGGCGAAGUUGUUCGAGGAGAUACGCGAAGUGCUGGGUGACGAUGAGGAGCGAGCGGUGACGCUGCGCGAUUUGGGCGAAUUGAAGUAUUUGGAAUGUGUAAUCAAAGAGUCAUUGCGGCUGUAUCCACCAGUACCGCUUAUUGGACGCAAUUUCGACGAGGAUGUUAACUUGAAUGGCAAAAUUGUACCAGCUGGCACAAAUUACACUAUCGGCAUUUUUGUUAUGCUCCGUGAUCCGAAAUACUUUCCCGAACCAGACAAAUUUCGCCCUGAAAGAUUUCUCAACGAAUCUAUUGAAGGUGGUGAGAAAAUGAAUCCGUACAGUUAUAUACCCUUCAGCGCAGGACCACGCAAUUGCAUUGGUCAAAAAUUUGCCAUACUCGAAAUGAAGAGCGCAAUAAGCAAAAUUCUACGUCACUUUGAACUUUUGCCGCUUGGUAAGAAUGUAAGACCUUCAAUGAGCAUUGUACUGCGUUCACAGAAUGGUAGCGAAAUGGGAUUCAAGCCGCGUAAUUAUGCAAAGGCUAGCGAAUAGGAGCGGAAAAGCAGGCAGGAAAUUACUUAAAGUUUCAAUGCCAGUGUAGUAAUCAAGGACAAAUAAAAUGUGUAUUGCGAAAGGCAUUUUAUUAGUAUUUAAAAUAGACGCAAUAUUAAAACACUGUAAAAUUGUAAAA